UGUCGCCUGUCAAACUCUGUGAUGAUUCUUCAAAAAUUUGAAGUUUUCUCUGGUAGUGUUUAAAAAAUUGUUUAAUACAGUUUUAAAAAUAGUUAUUAUUGAAAAAGUCAUCUGAAACAAUGAAUAUCACAUCUGCAGCGGGUAUUAUAUCCCUUCUGGAGGAGCCCAGGCCUGAAUUAAAGGUUUUCGCACUGAGAAAAUUAGAUACUAUCGUUGACGAGUUUUGGCCAGAAAUUUCUGAAGCUAUUGAAAAAAUAGAAAUAUUACAUGAAGAUAAGGUUUUCCAGCAACAUCAACUGGCUGCUCUUGUAGCCAGUAAAGUUUAUUAUCAUUUAGGUGCUUUUGAGGAUUCUUUAACUUAUGCUCUUGGAGCUGGUGAUUUGUUUGAUGUUAAUGCAAGAAAUGAAUAUGUCGAAACCACAAUUUCUAAAUGCAUUGAUCAUUACACACAACAAAGAAUUGCUCUGGCUGAUGGAACAGCAGGGGCUAAACCAAUUGAUCCCAGACUCGAAGCCAUUGUCAACAAAAUGUUUCAGAGGUGUUUAGACGAUGGCCAGUACAGACAAGCCAUGGGUCUGGCUUUGGAAACCCGCAGAAUGGAUAUAUUUGAAGCCUCAAUUACUCAGUCCGAUGACAAUAUCAGUAUGCUCAGUUAUGCUUUUCAGGUUGCGAUGAGUUUGAUUCAAAACAGAGGCUUUAGAAACUUGGUUCUACAGUCUUUGGUCGGUUUAUACAGGGGAUUACCCACACCAGACUACGUUAAUAUGUGCCAGUGCUUGAUUUUCCUGGAAGAUCCCUUGUCAGUGGCUCACAUCUUGGAGAAACUGGUUAAGGGUGAGGAAGAAAGUCAAUUAAUGGCCUACCAAAUAGCGUUUGACUUGUACGAGUCGGCGACUCAACAGUUUUUGGAACUGGCGAUUGGAGCUCUAAGGUUAACGGCGCCUAUUCCGAGUUUACUUGAACCCAAACCACCAAAGACUAGUACAGAAGAACCCGCUACAGAGAAUGCACCGAGUGAAAGUGAAGUCAAGCCAGCCGAAGUCAAACCGGAGGUGGUGGAAAAAACGUUGGACAGUUUGAGCGACAGUGAUAAAGAACACCAACAAAGGAUAGAAAAACUACACACAAUCCUAUCAGGAGAAGUUUCCAUAGAAUUGCACCUUCAAUUUUUGAUCAGAUCCAACCAUGCCGAUCUUCUAAUUUUGAAACAAACUAAAGAAACUGUAAGGGUGAGCAUAUGUCACACAGCUACCGUCAUAGCCAACGCUUUUAUGCACAGCGGAACGACCAGCGAUCAAUUUUUAAGGGAUAAUUUAGAAUGGUUGGCCAGGGCAACAAAUUGGGCUAAAUUGACUGCUACGGCUUCGUUGGGUGUCAUACACAGGGGUCAUGAAAACGAAGCCCUGAUUCUUAUGCAGAGUUACCUGCCUAAGGAAGUGGGUCCCAGUUCGGGUUACUCUGAAGGGGGUGGAUUGUAUGCUUUGGGACUGAUUCAUGCUAAUCAUGGGGCGAAUAUCAUAGAUUACUUGCUGGGACAGCUGAAGGAUGCUCAAAAUGAGUAUGCCCAAGAAAGCCAGCACGAAAAAAUCCUCCGUGGAUUGGCUGUGGGCAUUUCAUUUAACAUGUACGGGCGUCUGGAAGAGGCCGAGCCACUCAUUCAGCAACUGACCACAGACAAAGAUCCCAUUUUACGUAGGUCUGGCAUGUACACCAUCGCCAUGGCCUACUGCGGUACCGGGCACAACCAGGCCAUCAGGAAGCUGCUUCACGUUGCGGUUUCAGAUGUGAACGAUGACGUCAGGAGGGCCGCCGUAACCGCCCUAGGUUUUCUUCUAUUCAGAACUCCAGAACAAUGCCCCAGCGUCGUCUCCCUACUGGCCGAAUCCUACAACCCCCACGUACGCUACGGAGCAGCCAUGGCCUUGGGCAUAGCCUGCGCAGGAACAGGUCUUCGUGAAGCCAUAGCCUUGCUGGAACCAAUGGUCAUGUUCGAUCCUGUCAACUUCGUCAGGCAAGGCGCUCUGAUCGCGUCUGCCAUGAUCCUGAUCCAGCAAACCGAGCAGACUUGUCCCAAAGUCAGUUUCUUUAGACAGACUUACGCUCAGGUGAUCUCGAAUAAGCACGAGGAUGUUAUGGCAAAGUUUGGAGCGAUUUUGGCACAGGGCAUUAUCGAUGCCGGAGGAAGGAAUGUUACUUUGUCUUUGCAGUCCAGGACUGGACAUACGAAUAUGUUGGCUGUGGUUGGUACCUUGGUGUUUACGCAGUAUUGGUACUGGUUCCCCUUGGCUCACUGUCUGGCUUUGGCGUUCACGCCGACGGCUUUGAUAGCAUUGAACGCACAAUUAAAGAUGCCAAAAUUGGAGCUGAAAUCCAACGCCAAACCCAGCCUGUAUGCCUAUCCGGCUCCUAUGGAAGAAAAGAAACGAGAAGAACGCGAAAAAGUCCAGACAGCUGUCCUGAGUAUCGCAGCGAGACAGCGAAGGCGCGACCACGAUCGCAAACACCGCGAUGAAAAAAUGGACGUGGACGUUGAAAAGGACGACAAGAAGACAGCCGAGAAACCGGCAGAAAAAGCCGAAGAGAAAAAGGCAGAAGAGAAGAAGGUACUUUCUGCCAGCUCUUCUAGCACCAUAGAAGAGAAGAAAGAGAAGAAAGAUGAGAAGGAAGAGAAGAAGAAGGAACCUGAACCCAACUUCGAGAUCUUGCAGAAUCCUGCCAGGAUUUUGAGGCAGCAAUUGAAAGUUAUUGCCGUCAAUGAUAAUAGCCAGUAUGUUCCACUGAAGGAUGUGUCGAUUGGGGGUAUUAUUAUGGUCCGUAACCUUAAGCCUGACGAAGAAGAGUUAGUAGAACCUGUUCAAGCUUUUGGACCUAAAGGUGAAGAUGAGAAGGAGCCUGAACCUCCAGAACCCUUCGAAUGGUUGGAAGAUGAUGUUUAAGUUUUUUUAUAAUUAAUAAAAUAUAUUUAUAAUCCACAUCUAAUUCUUAGAAUCGUAAAAAUAUGUAAUGUGCUGAUUAUAGUGAAUGUCUUAAAUGAAUAAACGCUAUUAAUAAACUA